AUGCCCUCGCCUCUUCCGCGACCCCCUUACCUCCCGGGCGAGUUUUCUCCCUCGGUGGACUCGCGGCCCUGCAGCAGCCCCUCCCAGCUGCCGGGGAAGGCGGGCAAGCUCUCCCUGGGCGGCACCCCGCCCAGGGCCCCACGGCUGCCACGCCGGCUGGCCUGGUGCUCCAUUGACUGGGAACAGGUGUGCUUCCUGCAGAGGCUGGGAGCUGGCGGGUUUGGCUCCGUGUACAAGGCAACUUAUCAUGGGGUGCCGGUGGCCAUAAAGCAAGUGAACAAGCGCACCAAGAACCGACUGGCAUCCCAGCGCAGUUUCUGGGCUGAGCUCAACAUAGCAAGGCUUCGCCAUGACAACAUCGUGCAGGUUGUGGCUGCCAGCACGCGCACCCCUGCGGGUUUUGAAAGUCUAGGCACCAUAAUCAUGGAGUUUGGUGGCAAUGUCACUUUACACCAAGUCAUAUACGGUGCUACGAGCUGCCCUGAGGAAGAGGAGGCCCAGCCUCGCUGCUGUGCCGGAGAGCAGUUAAAUUUGGGAAAGUGUCUGAAGUAUUCCCUAGAUGUCGUGAACGGCCUGAUUUUCCUCCACUCACAAAGCAUUGUGCACUUGGACCUGAAGCCAGCUAACAUUCUGAUCAGCGAGCAGGAUGUCUGCAAAAUUGGUGACUUUGGUUGCUCCGAGAAGCUGGAAGAUGUGCCCUGCUGCCAGACUGCUCCUUACCACCUGGGCGGCACAUACACCCACCGAGCCCCAGAGCUUCUGAGAGGAGAAACCCUAACGCCCAAAGCGGACAUCUAUUCUUUUGCCAUCACUCUCUGGCAGAUGACGACCAAGGAGAUGCCUUACUCAGGGGAGCGUCAGUACGUGCUGUAUGCUGUAGUGGCCUAUAAUCUGCGGCCGUCUCUCUCGGCAGCUGUCUUCACGGACUCCAUCCUUGGGAGAAGACUUGGCAGGAUGAUCCAGGGCUGCUGGAGGGCCAGUGCUUCUCAGCGGCCAAGCGCAGAGCUUCUCCUGGGUGAUCUUAACACUUUAAAAGGUGAAUUUGCCUCACUCUAA